UGAACACUAAACAUAUGUUUAAUAUUCCUGUUUUCUUUUCACAUAACCUAAAAGAAUGCUUUACAUCCAAACAUUAACAAUCCUAAUGUUGAUUCUACGUGGAGUAUUUUCUUUAAAGCUUCGCCAUGCCAGUCUGCACGUGAUAAGCAUAGAAGAGGCACCUUACCUAGCUCUCGUAUUGUCUACCAACAGUAAACACUUCUGCACAGGCACAAUAGUGAACGAGUCGUGGGUGCUGACGGCAGCUCAUUGUUUCUAUGACGUCAGAGGAAGAUUGACCGAAGAUGACAACUCCGUAGUGGUCGUAGCGGGUACAGACAGCUUGGCAAACGCGGCCGAAGACAUCAAGAACGAAGUGGCACAAAUUAGAAAAAGUGAAAAACUGAUUGUACACAGCAGUUAUCACUUUUCGAGUAAUUUCAUCGCAGACCUGGCACUGGUGCAACUUGACGCACCUUUAAACAUGACAAAGAGGACUCAAACCGCUCCUUUAGAUAUCAAAGCUGUUGAAACUGAAGAAGGCACUAGUUCGAAGUUCUCUGGCACGGUGUACGGGUUUGGAAAAAUAUUGACGAAUACAAGCCACGCUAAUGAUGGUUACAUCAAGAAGCAAACGUUCAUGAUCAGCAAAAGGUGUAAAUGUUUGAGUAGGUUAUGGGCUUUAAGUUACCAUAUGGAUGUGUUGUCUUCUAACACCUUGAUGUGUGAUGUUGUCGGUGAAGACUAUCCUGGGCUUUGUUCAGGUGACCAAGGCGGUCCUUUGAUAUCCAACAAUUUUCUGAGAGGUGUUGCUACGACAACCUUGUACUACAAAGACAGGAGUGAGUGUCAGUUGCAGAACAACCCCAACGAAUGCGGAAGCACACAAACAAUGAACUUGUUCUCAGAUUUGUGUUUUUACAGUCAGUGGUUGACUUAUUAUGUUCCUCAGUACCCCCUGGUAGACGAGUUCUGCGAACCUUACACUGACGAAUGAAUCAAUAGAUUGUCUGUACUUAAUUACUUAAUUAAUUACCCAUUAAGAUAAACGUACUACAUU